AUGUUGUGGCUGUGCUUCAAAGUGCUGGUUCACCUUUUACGCCGUCAUAUGGGCGUUGCUCUGCUUGCUCCAGAAGUCAUAUUUGUCCUGCUAAAAGAACCAGGUGCUUACGUAUGGAUUGCCAACGGUCUCCUCGCAACCUUUGCCGUCCUUACAAUUCGUGCCAAAAAACCAAGCUACAUGCAAGCGUUUAUGAUCGUUUUCGCUGCCAUCCAAAUCCUCGGCUUUAUUUCCAGUUGGAUCUUUUGGAAACAGAUGCAAUGGAUAAAC